UUGUUUUCUCACGGAGGUCUCUACCUUAGUUUUUCAAAAGUUCAAAAUUGAGCUUUCUUCUUCUUCUUCUUCCUCCUCUUUGUGAAUAACUUGAAGCAGUUUAAGGAACAAACAGAAGAAAAAUAACCAGAGACUUUGAUUUGGAAAAACCCUAACUUUUCAAGAACCCUCAAUUCCAGACCAUUUCUUCUCAAUCCUCUUACAAGUUUCAAACUCUCUUAUGUAAAUGCAUCUGAAGAAAUCAUCAGUACCAGAACGACGAUUCAUCGGGGAAGAAGAUUCCGAUCCAAACCCUAUCCACAAUCAGAGCCCAGAUAAGUCCGUAUAUCGAACCGCCAUUGAUACAGGCGCUGGCUUCACUGUAUAUAACCAUCCGCAUGAUCAGAGUCAUCAUCAUCUCACGGUUGAUAUCCCAAUCUCGACCCCGCACAAAAGGUCUGUGGUGACUCAACCGUCUAACAUCGCCGCCGGGGUUGAUCAUUUCCGAAGAAGACGCACAAGACCACGAUUGGGAUCGGUUUCUUCAUUUUCCCCGUCAAACCUUUUGUCUUUUAUUUCUUCGUAUCGUCCCGUGAUUCAUCGGUUCUUGAGGAAGCUCCUACGCCAUAUCCUUCGAGCGCGUUUGAUUUGUUUUCAUCUUCGUUUCUUGCUUCUUCUCGCCGUUCCUCCUUUAUACAUCUUCUUCCUUGUAAUCAACCUUCGUAUCUUUCUUCGUCUCAUCUUUGCGAUUAUCGCUUUCUCUUUCAUCCUCUCGAUCUCUCUCAAAUUCGCUCUUCCUCACUUACCAUCAAUUCGUCUUUUUGUCGCUCGCUUGCUGACCUUUAUCCCUGCCAGAUUCUCUUCCUCUCAGCAGAGCACAAACCAAGUUGUUUGGUCUAUUGGGUCGAAGCCAGUUGCGGAGAACAAGACCAAUUCAGGAUCUUGGGUUCAGAAGUUUGGCAGCAAUGAUGUGUAUGAAGGAGAGUUUCAUAGAGGGAAAUGUUCAGGAAGUGGAGUUUAUCACUAUUCCAUGAAAGGCAAAUAUGAAGGAGAGUGGAUUGAUGGAAAAUAUGAUGGCUAUGGAGUUGAAACAUGGGCUAAAGGAAGUAGGUAUCGAGGUCAAUAUAGGUUAGGGCUAAGACAUGGAAUUGGAGUUUAUACGUUUUAUACAGGAGAUGUAUAUGCUGGUGAGUGGUCUAAUGGGCAGUGCCAUGGGUGUGGUGUAUAUACCUCUGAGGAUGGAAGCAGAUACGAUGGCGAGUUUAAAUGGGGGGUCAAACAUGGUCUUGGUAGUUACCAUUUCAGAAAUGGCGAUUCAUAUGCUGGGGAGUAUUUUGCAGACAAGAUGCAUGGUUUUGGAGUGUAUCAAUUUGGGAAUGGGCAUAAGUACGAAGGAGCUUGGCACGAGGGAAGAAGGCAAGGACUCGGUAUGUAUACUUUCAGAACUGGUGAGACACAGGCCGGUCAUUGGGAAGACGGCAUUUUGAGUUGUGCUAGCGAGCAGACUAUCCGCCCUGGUUCAUCUUUUACCAUCAGCCAUUCUAAAGUUGUUGAUACCGUUGAGCAAGCAAGGAAAGCAGCUGAGAAAGCACAUGACGUGGUGAAAGUGGAAGAGAGAAUCAAGAGAGUGGUGAUGGCUGCAAACAGAGCAGCAAAUGCGGCUAGAGUAGCAGCUGUGAAGGCUGUCCAAGCACAAACCUUUCACAGGAAUGUCAGUGAUCUUGGAACCAUAUGUUGACAUCUCAUGGGGUCUUUUUCCCCCUCCAUGAGCAUAGCUAGUAUUAAAGCGUAGAUAAUAAGCCAGUUAUUGUGUAGCCAAAAGUGAUCUUUGUAAAUCAACCAAAACAUUGGGUCUGCUUCAUGGAAUGCAACUGACAAGUGACAAACA